AUGUUUGAUAAGACUUUAAGUUAUCUGAAAGCUAUGUGGUGUUUUAACUGCUUCGGGUUUAUCAAGAGACGGAACCCGCAGAAGGUUAAGCCUGCCAUCUACCAUAGCACUCUCUCCCAAGAGCUGUUGUUGGAUGAUGAUGAUGAUUUUGACGAUGAAGAGUCUUUCUGUAAUGAUGAGGUUACUAGCACCACCAGUGGAGAUGAUAGUGAGGAGCAAAGUCGUCCUAAGCGAUCAGAGGAUAUUUUGGUUUUUAGAGUAGAGAAUGGUAUGAUUUGUAGACAGUUUCCUGUUAAAGAGACUGACAAAGUUUUUCGUACAGAGGAUGAAAAUGGAAACAAGAUGAUAAAUGAGUAUGUUCGUGAGUGUAAGAUCGGUUCGGGUAGCUAUGGGAAAGUGUCUCUUCAUCGAAGCUCGGUUGAUGGAAAACACUAUGCAAUUAAGGCCUUUCACAAGUCCCAUUUACGGAAGCUUCGAGUUGGACCCUCAGAAACUGCCAUGACUGAUGUUCUACGUGAGGUUUUCAUAAUGAAAAUGAUCCAACAUCCUAAUAUAGUCAAUCUCAUUGAGGUGAUUGAUGACCCAGAAUCGGAUCACUUCUACAUGGUACUUGAAUAUGUCGAGGACAAAUGGGUUUGUGAGGGUUCAGGUCGAGCUUGUAGCUUAGGUGAAGAGACUGCUAGGAGAUACUUGCGGGACAUCGUUUCUGGAUUAAUGUAUCUCCAUGCUCAUAAUAUAGUUCACGGGGAUAUCAAGCCUGAUAAUCUGUUGAUUACUCGUCAUGGUACAGUAAAGAUAGGGGAUUUCAGUGUCAGCCAGGCUUUUGAGGAUGAUAAUGAUGUGCUUCGGCGAUCACCUGGAACUCCUGUGUUUACUGCACCUGAAUGUAUUUUAGGUCUUACCUACCGAGGUAAAGCCUCGGACACAUGGGCCGUAGGAAUUACUUUAUACUGUAUGAUAUUAGGCGAAUACCCUUUUCUUGGUGACACACUUCAAGAUACAUAUGACAGAAUAGUCAAUAAUCCAAUAGUGCUUCCAAAGGAUCUGAAUCCGCGGUUGAAGAAUUUAAUCGAAGGACUACUUUCCAAAGACCCAAAGCAAAGGAUGACGCUGGCUGAUGUCGCGGCUGAUAGCUGGGUUAUUGGAAAUGACGGGCCAAUUCCUGAGUACCUGUGUUGGUGCAAAAGGAAGAACUCGGAGAGGAAAGACAGCGAUGAGAGCUAG